GACGUGCGUUACGCACUCGUCUCCCUGUCCCGGCUUCCGGUUUUCUCCCACGACUUCGGACUGGCUUUCAAGGACGACCUCGAUCUUCUCCACACCCUGAAGCAGCUGAAAUACUUCUGGAAUCUGCCCCAGAGUCAGCUUGCCAUUCUCAUGGCCAACCUCGCCCGCCGCGUGGAUCCCGCGUCGCCUGAGGCCUUCGAUGCCUUCACGGAGCAGCUCUGCCAGUCCCCGGCGCACUUACGUGCCAUCAAGGAGGUAAGCAAGGAGCUCCCGUCCGAUAUGCAUGCCCUGUACAUGGACAACGCUGCCUACCUCGAGGACGCUGAUGCCCAUGCUGUCUACCCCACCUCCAUCUACAGGCAGUGUGAUGCCUUGACCUUGGCCACGAAGGACGCAUCGACGAUUGAGGCGGUCAUGAGCACCACCAUCACAACGACCAUCAAGAUCGCCAGGAAGGUCCUGGACCCCUCUAACCACUUGCUCUUCGACAUGUACAAGCCUUUGGGACGAUGCGUUGCCGUGGUGGACGACAAGGUUGACGAGCAUUACGGUGCUGAGAUCGACAACUACUUCGCGACUCACAAUAUCGAGUUUACCAAGCUUGUCUUCAGUGGCAACGAGGUGGACAAGGGCAUUGAGGAUGUUGAGCGCAUCCUUGUGGCAAUGAAGAAGUACUCCGUUGAUCAUCAAGAUGGCGGUCAUGAAGGACUUGCCGUGGGCACGUGCAUGGGCUUCGGCGCCUAUUUGUCUUUCGUCGAGGGCUGGGUGUCAGAGGAGGAGAUGCACAGGAUCUUGAAGGUCAUCUCUGAUUGCGAGCUCUCCCUCUACCACCCCGUGAUGGACGACGAUCAGAUGAUUUGGAAGACGCAGAUGGCCAUUGUGGAGAAGCGCGGCGGCAACCUCUGCGCCCCAAUCCCGAAGCCUCUUGGCUUCUCCGGUUACUUGAACGACCUGUCUGAAGAGCUCCUCGCGCAGAGAAUGCACGAGUACAAGGACUUGGUCUCCAAGUACCCGC